UAAACCUCCUCAAACAAUUGUGAACAAAAAGGAGAACAGACGGACAGGAGAGGUUGAGUUGGAUUUUGCUAUUCAUCAACCUCUGGAUGUGCAUCAAACUGCUUCACUUCAAAUCAUAGAGGUUGUGGGCUUGUAGAAAAUGUUUGGAUCCCUGAACAAACGCAUCCAGGACUGCCUGGCUGAGCGAAAAAGCCGCAGGACCAGACUAGUGACCAAAGAUGGGCGCUGUAAUAUUGAAUAUGGAAACAUCAUGUACAGCAAACACUUAUCCUUCCUGGCUGACUUUUGGACCACCUUUGUAGAGAUCCGGUGGCGUUUUGUCCUUUUCAUCUUCAUCACCUCCUUCACCCUGAGCUGGUUCAUUUUUGGCCUACUGUGGUACUGGAUUGCCCGCAGUAAUGGAGACCUGACCUGGCAAAACCCAGCAGAAGACCACACUCCAUGUGUUGAUAAUGUUGUAGGACUGACAACAGCGUUCCUCUACUCCCUUGAAACCCAGACAACUAUUGGGUAUGGUGGCCGAGCGCUCACCCCUCUCUGCCCAGGUGCUGUGGCCCUUCUCAUCAUCCAGUCCCUCCUCGGUGCAAUUAUCAACUGCUUCAUGUGUGGCGUCAUCCUGUCAAAAAUCUCUUUACCCAAAAAGAGGGCUAAGACCAUCACAUUCAGUGAAAUGGCUGUCAUCAGCCCCAAAAAUGGUUCACUUGCCCUGUCAAUCAGAGUGGCCAACCUGCGCAAGACCCUGAUGAUUGGAAGCCAGAUCUACGGCAAACUGCUGAGGACAACAAUCACACCUGAUGGGGAGACAAUCAUUAUGGACCAGGUGAACAUUGACUUUAUGGUGGACGCCGGCAAGGACAACCUUUUUUUCGUGUGUCCGCUCACGCUCUACCAUAUCAUCGACAAAAGCAGCCCCUUCUUUGAGAUGGCGGUGGACACGCUCCAGAAACAAGAGUUCGAGCUGGUCGUCUUCCUAGAUGGCACCGCGGAGUCCACCAGCUCUGCCUGCCAAGUCAGAACCUCCUUUAUUCCUCAGGAGAUCAUGUGGGGCUUCAACUUCCUACCCAUCAUCUCUAGAAGCAAGGAGGGGAAAUAUAGAGUAGAUUUCUCCAACUUCUCCAAGGUGGUGCCGGUAGCCACUGCACACUGUGCCUACUGUUUCCACAACAUCAAGGGUCAUCAUCACCACUCCAGAGAUGGGCGUGACAACCAGGGCUUUGAGGUGAUCGAUAUCAAUGACCCUCCCAAUGUCACCAAAAUGUGAGAUCAUUGGUACAUAGUAUAUGAACAGUGGAUACUGAGACUGGUAGAGGCGUAUACCUCUCAGUGACAAAGUCUCUAAUGGACAAACAGGUGCUGGAGGCAGGUGGGGUUACCUAAUGGCAGACAGCACAUUGUGUAGCAUUUAAAUAUGAAGUAAAUACUUAUUUGUUAUUCUAUUGUGUUUAACGCAGAUUUAAAAAACAGUCUGUGGGUCAGGACAGUUAUUGUGAACUAUUUGUAUGUAAAACCACACCUGCCACUGUCUGCUGACAAAAAAAACCUGUUUUAAAAAAGGAGGCCAGGUCAUGCAAGAUGGUGAGGCUGCAAUUCAACAACAGAAAUAGAAAGUUUUCCCAAUUUCUCACACAUGGGUAUUCGCUUUUGCUUUUAAAUGAAGAUGAGUGGUUGUCAUUUAUCUCUGUGGCUUUUCACAUCAGGUUUAGUAAGAGGCAGGAAAGCUUAGCAUAAUGUACUAUCUGGUGUAUGAAUCUUGUAAUUACUUGAAAGACCAGUGUUGAGGGCCAUGCUUUGGUCAUGGGUGAAAAAAAAACAAACAGAUUAAGUGGUUUAUUGAAUAAUUGCUGUUAUUGUAGGCUGCAGUUCAUGAAGAGACACUUGGACUAGAACCAUUAGUAUGCUUCAUGUUUCAGACACUGAGGCACUAGCAAAGGGUUGGGCUCAGAAGCCACUCUUUUCAAACAGUGGAUGAUGCAGUUGUGGUUUUCUUCUUGAGUGAGGACAUUGUGAGAGAACAAAGCUCUCAGGAAACACUUAAAAUAUGGCUGCAUGCAGCACUGAUUAUUGUAUGAAAAUCAAUUCUCUUUGUUAAGUCUUUUUUUGUAUUUGAUCUCAGGGGAAAAAUACACUGAA